AUGGCAGAAGAGGACCGAAUGGAUAUAGAUGAUUCUGAAUCAACCACUGAAGUGACAAAAACAAGCAAACCCAAGUUUGAGGUAAAGAAAUGGACGGCCGUUGCCUUCUGGUCAUGGGAUAUACAGAUUGAAAAUUGUGCCAUCUGCAGGAAUCAUUUGAUGGAACCAUGCAUUGAAUGCCAACCCAACUCAUUGGCAAAUGGCGGCGAAGAAUGUAUUGCUGCUUGGGGAAUGUGUAAUCAUGCCUUUCAUUUACAUUGCAUAAAGAGAUGGCUAAAAACCAGAAAUGCAUGUCCGUUGGAUAAUACCGAGUGGGUAUAUCAAAAAUUUGGGAAGUAG